AUGUCAGCGGUAUGGUUUUACCCAAAUGAUAACUGGCCCAUAGGGCCUACACAGCGUUUAGGAAUAUACCGCGACAGAACGACACAAAGGCGACCGAACUCAAUCGAGCGAAGUUCCCCUUCCGAAGAAGAAAACUAA